GACCGUGAGUGUGUGACGAGGAUUGUUCGCCCCGUGAUAUAUCACCCAAUCAAGCAUACUUGAUCGUAGUGAUACCAGUCAUUGAAACUGCCCCACAUAGGCUUUGGGCCCCGACCCCCAGACCAUAUAUACUGAUAGCCCGCCCAAAGGGGUGGCCAUCGUUCUGGCCUCCUCGGAUCAAAUUACCAAAGCUGGCGGAUAGCGAUGACGAAGUUGGAACACUGGAUGAACUCACGCCCCGCCCAUCCUGCGCCCUCUUCAGAAACAGCAUGUCUCCUAGCGGCGACGAUCCAAAUCCGUGGUACUUUGGGAACGAAAUGACGAUAAACGGGUGUCAAGGCUGGAGAUCCUCGGCUUCAGCCUCGCCGGCCAACGACAGCACCAAACCGGGCAAGCCGCGUACAAGUGACAGGCAGCCAGUCCCCGAGGAUCCAAACGCCACAACGGGCACCAACUGUCACGCACCAACGCGAAAACAUAGAAAAAGCUCGGGGGCCCCAACCGACACUCGGAACACUUCCCAAGGUCUGAGAGCGGAGACACUCGAUAAUGGGCAGUAUAUGUGGUGCAACGGAUCUUCCCCCCAGGCGCCCUCUUCGGAAUCGUCACGUGGAUACUUGGGGGGAAGUGUCUCUGGACAAGUCAUCCGAGGGGAAAACGUUCCCCGCUCAUGCCCUCGGCUCGAUAAUACUCUACUGGCAGAGUAUUAUUCAAGCAGAACCUCUUGCUUGCCUGACGUGCGAACCCAGGAACAAGAUUUGACAUCAGGGAGCAACCCGGAAAACGUGACUUCUCACCAAGGAACCAAUAAUUCGCCAGGAUCAAUGGAUCAACAAGGACCGAAUGUACAACGUAGAUUGCCCAAACAACAGAACGCACCGGACAUGAAAGACCCCGCUGCGGAAUAUCGACAGCUCGAUAUAGAUCAGGACCCGGAAGAAAAUGCUGACGCCGACAAAGAACUGGCCUAGGACCCGAAGCGCACGGAAAAAUUUGUCGUGAGAACUGGGUCAGAGA